AGAGUGAAUGCAUUAUAUGAUGAUUAUACGGGACCACUUAGUGAACCAGUCAGCUUUAAGACGGAGUGUUCCGAACCUGACUCCCCGAUGCCCCCUGAUCUUGCCAACAGGAGUAAGACUCACCUACAUUUAAGGUGGAAAGUAAGUAAUAAGAACAUAUUGUUGCCCCCUGAUCUUGCCAACAGAAGUAAGACUCACCUACAAUUAAGGUGGAAAGUAAGUAAUAAGAACAUAUUGUUGCCCCCUGAUCUUGCCAACAGGAGUAAGACUCACCUACAAUUAAGGUGGAAAGUAAGUAAUAAGAACAUAUUGUUGCCCCCUGAUCUUGCCAACAGGAGUAAGACUCACCUACAAUUAAGGUGGAAAGUAAGUAAUAAGAACAUAUUGUUGCCCCCUGAUCUUGCCAACAGGAGUAAGACUCACCUACAAUUAAGGUGGAAAGUAAGUAAUAAGAACAUAUUGUUGCCCCCUGAUCUUGCCAACAGAAGUAAGACUCACCUACAAUUAAGGUGGAAAGUAAGUAAUAAGAACAUAUUGUUGCCCCCUGAUCUUGCCAACAGGAGUAAGACUCACCUACAAUUAAGGUGGAAAGUAAGUAAUAAGAACAUAUUGUUGCCCCCUGAUCUUGCCAACAGGAGUAAGACUCACCUACAAUUAAGGUGGAAAGUAAGUAAUAAGAACAUAUUGUUGCCCCCUGAUCUUGCCAACAGGAGUAAGACUCACCUACAAUUAAGGUGGAAAGUAAGUAAUAAGAACAUAUUGUUGCCCCCUGAUCUUGCCAACAGGAGUAAGACUCACCUACAAUUAAGGUGGAAAGUAAGUAAUAAGAACAUAUUGUUGCCCCCUGAUCUUGC